GGUGGAGGAGGAGGUGGCCGGAGGAGGAGGAGGUGGCGGUGGUGAGCUUGACGGGGAGAAAAGUUCUUCCAAAAUAGCAGCCACUCGGCCCAGUGAUGGGGGACUUCGCCUCCCCCGCUGCCGGACCCAACGGCAGUAUCUGCAUCAACAACAGCAUGAACCCGGCCGCCGGGAGCGUGGUGCCCGCCGGGGCGGUGGGCAUACCUAAGCACAGCACGGUCGUGGAGAGGCUGAGGCAGCGGAUAGAGGGCUGCCGGAGACACCACGUAAACUGCGAGAACAGGUACCAGCAAGCUCACGCCGAGCAGCUGGAGAUAGAGCGGAGGGAGACCGUCAGCCUGUACCAGCGGAGUCUGGAGCAAAGGGCCAAGAAGUCGACCGGCGGCAGUGGCAGCAGCAAGCAGCCGCAGAGCAAGCAGCCGGACCCGGACUCUGGCUCCUCCACAGAACAGAGGAAUAACACGCUUAUAGCGCUGCAAGAGACUGUAAAGAGGAAACUUGACAGUGCACGAUCACCCCUCAAUGGAGACCAGAACGGCAUCUGUGAUGGAGGCAGUUACUCGCCGACAACCAAACGAGUACGGAAGGAGGGCUCUGGUGGUUUGGACUCACUAACAGGACUCCCUAACAACAAUAACAACAAUGUACCACCCAUUUCUCCACUGCAUCACCAAAUGGACAUUAAGCCCAUUCUGGGUGGGCCCAACACUUCCAGUGGGAACAACACUACAAACAGCAAUGGCAACCACGUCAGCCAGGCAAGUGAUGAGCUUGGAAAGAAUGGAGGCAGCCAUCUACCAGACAUGAAGCUGAAUGGCUCACUAGACCUGGAGGACAGCUUUAGCCUUCUUAAAGACCUAAAACAGGAGCCACUAGACGAUGGAGGUGGGAUGGAGUCCUCCGAUCCCCAGUCUCUGUCAAAUCAGAACAAACUGUUUUCUGACAUCAACCUUAAUGACCAGGAGUGGCAGGAGCUGAUCGAUGAGCUGGCCAACACAGUGCCCGAGGACGACAUGCAUGACCUCUUCAAUGAGGACUUUGAGGACAAGAAAGAGGCUGAGUUUGGCAGACCGGCAAACAAUCAGACGCCAGGCCCGCAAGAAGCGGCGGGUAAUACAACGGCAACUGGAGGAGGGACGACGCCUGCUGCAGCCCUUCCUCCCCCUCCUCAGCCUCCACAGGGAGGCCCACAGGUCCCCAUGGGUUCACCACAGGUCCGACCAUCAUCUUCAGGCCCUCAGUUUGCCACCACUGCCAACGGAACGCCUCCUCAGCAACCUUUACAGCAGUCUCCAGCUGUUGCCAUGGCAUCGGGUUCCCCGUUGCACAACUGCGUGGCUCGUUCCCCUCAGACCCCGACCCAGGCUCAGACACAAGCAGUCUCCAGACCUGGGAAUGGGUACAUGAUGAACCCAGGCCCAGGGGUCAGUCAGUCAGGCACAGGGCCAGGGGCAGCUGGGGUUGCCCCUGGAGGUCAGCCUGUCGGUCCGGUGACGCCUGAACUCUCUCCGGCGGAGCAGCUAAAAGCAAUGGCUCAGCAACGUGCUAAACUUCUGCAACAGAAGCAACAGCAGCAGCAAGCAGCAAACUGGUCCCCUGCUGGUGCUCCAACCAGUCCCUACAACUCUGGUCCCUUUAACCAAGACAAACCCAACAGCCCCAUGAUGUACCCACCGCAAGCCUUUAACGCACCACAGGGCCCUCUAGUGGCUGGGAUGGCCCCCAACAAUGGGCCCAAAGCCCCCAUGAACAACUACCUCCCUCACAACCACAUGGGUAUGAUGGGCCAGCAGCAGGCAAACAGCAUCAGCCAGAACGCCCUGACCAAACAACAGCAGCAGCAAACGGCAGCCAUGUUGUCCUACAACAACACCAAACCACUGAGCCACUUCAGCGGCAGUGGGGUUGAUCACAUAGGGCAGAGAAUGACUCCACCCAUGGCAGGGAACAAUCAGGUCAAGAACCCCAUGAUGCCUCCCUACAUGGGUGGUGGUGGUAGUGGUGGUCAGGGGCCGGGGCCUGGACAGACCCAGGGCCCGAUCCCAGGACAGACAGCUCACCUGAGUGAAGAGCAGAAGAGGAUGUUGCUGAUGAAGCAGAAAGUGUUGAACCAGAAUAUUCCCUACAGUGCCAUGCAGCCUCAUGGACAGGAACAAGGUGUGGUGGGGAUGUCACGACCGCCUGGCGCCCUCCCACCUCCUCACCCUGCUGGUGGCGUUGCCUCAGGGGUGGGGCCCAACCAGGGGUCAGGUCCACCUCCAGGCUACGUGGGCAACCAGCAGCAGGCAGCCAUGAUGAAACAGAUAAUGGCCAUGGAGCAGGAGAAAAGGGCCCAGAUGCACAUGAUGGAGCAGCAGAAACAGCAGCUCUUUAGAGAGCAGAGACAACAGCAGCAACAGCAACUACUGGCUGAGCAGCUCCAACAGCAGCAGCAUCUCCCCAGACAGAUGGGCCAGGGCCAGAGGAAUCCAUACCCACAAGUCAAUCAGUACCAAGGUCCUCCUCAGGAUCUUGCAUCCAGAAGCCAGGCUCUCCAGACCAUUCGGGCCAACCGUCUUCUCCAACAGCAGCAGCAGAACCAGCAGCAGAUGGUCCAGAUGAGCUCUGUUCAGGGCCAGGGGGGCUCGGUUGGACCCCAAAGUGACAUGGGUUUACCCUAUGGCAACCAAGGGUCCAACCAAGGCUCUCUGUAUGGGCUCAAUCCCUCCAUGAGCCAAAUGAUCCACCAGCAGCAGCAGCACCAGAGCCAAAGUCUCCAAGCCUCUAUGGGUCUCCCACAGCAGCACAACCCUGCUGGUGGACCACCCCGGCAGGCAGGUGCAGGUCCUGGGGUUGGAGGUAUGCCUGGAGGUCCUGGAGGUGGUGUAGCUGGAGGAUAUGGAGGCCAAGGGAUGUUAAUGAACUCCAUGAGCCAGCAACCUCUCAAAGGACCUCCCAAUGCCAAAGCCCAAGCACAGAGACUGCAAAGCAUGUUGGGAGCAGGAGCAGCAGGAGGGGGAAUGGCUGGGGGUGGCUGGCCGCAGCAGCAAGGACAGUCUCUGCAGGCCAUGGGGGCAGGAGUUGGAAGGACUACAGGAGGAGGGAGUGGAGACAUGGUAGGGUUCAACUCUGCCCAGGGAUAUGGGAUGCAGCCUGGUCAGCCCUCACGACUGACCAAGCAGCACUUUCAAGGCCCAGGCCAGGGGAUGAACCAGGGAAUGGACCCAAGAGUGGGCAACCCGGCAGCAGGCAUGGGUGGCCCAAUGAUGGGCCCUCACAUGGGCGGUCAGCCCAGGACCAAUCAGCCCAGGCCCAUGGUCAUGAACCAAGGGAUGAACCAGGGGGUGAUGGGCCAGGGCAUGAGUGGGAUAGGGGGGUUUGGGCCAGGUCCUGGUGGGCCAGGAUUAGGGGGAGGAGGAGGAGGUGGACCUUACGGACCAGGGGGAGUUGGGGUUGGAGGACAGCCGCCAGGCUACCAAAGGACAGCCAAUCAGGACAUGUCAUCCUAUGGAUAUGGAGGCGGGCCCUCAGGUGGAGGAGCCUUCGGACUGGGGGAUGGGACAGGGGCAGAGCUGGACUCAAGCGAUGGGUGGAUGGAGGAGUUUUUCCCCAGCCAAUAGCCAAUGGGGAAACUGGAGAUGACUUUAACUGGAUGAACUUAAACAAAUGUGGAAACCUGAGAACGCAAAACAAAAAAGGAUGAUGUGAUGUGGAAUGGCAUGUUUUUACAUGAGUUGUUGUGUAAUGUUUUGUGUGUGAAUGUGUGUGAGAGAAUGUGAGAUGGAAAGAGCAAUCAUUAUGUCUUGUCCUUACUGAUGAAAAACCAAUAUAGAGAUUAGGAGGCGUGUUUCAUUAGUUUACCUUUUUUCACCACAGAAUGAAUUUUUCUCAUGUACAAGUGUUUGGAAGCAAGCCCCGUUUACACAGCAGCUUUGAGUCCAUGCUUCAGCAGGGGCUGAUUGAACACCGCAGACUGAUGAAGGGGAAGGAAGACUUGUUCUCAAGACAGCAAUUUAUUUGUGUUUAUGUGUUUGUGCCACCCAGCUCGGUGCUUCAGAUCUUUCAACUAUGUGAGAAGCUGAAGGGAGUAGAAAGCACUCUCAGCGCUCCCAUUUCCUCCCUUAGAUUUGUGCCCCCCACAUACACACAGACAGCAACACAUAGACAAAACUCUCUCUCUCACUUUGUUCUCUCUACUUUCUCUCUCUCUGUAUCUCUCUCUUUCUCUCUCUCAUAUCCUCCAUUCCUCCUGCCUUACAUCUUUUCCACCCUCUCUCCUGAGACUUGUUCCUCGCUCUCGACACUCCUUUCACUGCUUUAAAAUUUUGAACAUCACAAAACAACAAAAAGAUAUUCCUCUGUUGUGCCACACAGGCAUACUCUGCCCUCUAGUGCUUUUGCUGGGAAACAACCAGGAUCAUGUGUUUUUUGGGGGAUCUGCAUGUCGUUGGAGUUGCUGUGGAUGAUAAGUGUUCAUAAAGAGGAAGAGAAAGAGCAAAUAGGCAGCUAAAGCAGACACUUGGAAUUAAAAAAAACUCUCAAACACACUCACACACUCACAAACACAAGCAAGGCAGCCAACAAACAAACAAGCAUCAGCCUGGGAGUAUGAGUGGCAGCUAAACGAGCCAAUAUUAAAUUAAACCUGCCUGUGCAACACAAACCACAUCACAGGCAUCAGGCUGACAAAAGGCAAACUGAUCGCUGGGCACUGAAUGUAUUCAAGCACCACAAGUGACUUCUUUUAGGAGGAAAAAGCUCAUUAAAAGCCCACCUGCAAUGUUUUGUUUGUCGCUGUGUUUUACCACUUGAAAUGAUGCUGGUUGUGGCUAUUGAUCUGAAGGAAAAAAAAUGAUUAAAUUAGCCUUUUUUUUGUUUGAAAAACUGUUUUUCCUCCUGUUUUAGCACAGCCUUCCCUUUCAUUGUGGCACAGUAAGUUGUCAGUCACCCUAGCCCUGCUUUCCAUCGUGGCUUUUCUUGUACAGCAGCUAUAAAACAUCCUCACUUCAAACUAGAACGUAACUGUGCUAUACUGUAACACUACUGUGAAGAAAUAUGACUUGUGCCCUUACAGCGCUUUAUGAGAAAAUGAACCACUGCUAAGCCUUGAGAUUGUUUCAUAGUUACUCCAUAAAUGUCAAACAAUUGAUUAGGCUUAAAGGGUAGCAACGGUUAGCGCUAGUUAGCAUCAAAUCAAUCAGUGCUUCCUCUGAAGUCAGUCUCUCCCCUUCUUUGAGCUUACUCAGCUAAACUGUAGGUGUAACUCCAGGCCAUACGGCCCUUCAUCAUCGAGCUAUCCACUCUUUGCCCUAAAAGUUGGGUUAUAAAUAUAUGUUGAAUAGUUUUUAAUACAGUAGCUGUUGGUGGGAUAACACCUUACUUCUCUAACUGUUUGUUAACCUUGGUUUGGAGAUGAAUGGAAGUAUGUUUGUACGUGCAUUACUUUGUAAUUUAGCCCAUCAGAGUGAAAGUCUGGAGGAUGAAGCUGUAAUCAACAAACCAAAAAGCCUUCUUCUCUGUAAACUAAGUCUUUGUCAUUAAUGCAUCUGUUCUCAUGGUUGUUGAUGUUGUAUAAUCCAGCCCUUUAAACUUUAACCUCCCACUCAUCAUCCGUGAGCGUUUCACAUUUGUUAGCACCCAUGAGUGAGGUUCUGUACUUUGUUUUUUCCAUGUUCAGGGAGUGAAAGUACUCUGUAUCUCUUUGUGGAGUCUAAAGUCAAUGGCAGAGCGAUUCAUAAAGCAGGAGAUGAUCAGGUGCAAACAGACCUGUGUCAGUGUUGCUCCCAUAGCCCUCUCUAGACAGACUCCAAUCAAAUGAUGAGUGAGAACAGAAGCAAUGUGUCGGAAAACACCCCGAGGUUUACCGCUCCAAACUGGAGGCAGAAAGGUGGAGAAACACUUGUGGGUCAGUGUUAAGAUCACAGCCUUUAUGAGCUUUUUGUCAUCAUCAGAGCAAAGGUUCAUCAAAUGGUUUCAGAAAGAGAAAGGAAGCUUCCUCCAAAUAUCAUUAUGUACCGGGACCAAGUCUGUAGACAACAUUUUAACAAAAAUUGUUGUUGUUGAUGUUCUUUGUUUUAUUUUAUUUGUUUUUCUUUUUUUUACUGGUGCUGACAUAUAUGUGAUUAUGAGAAAAAGUAUAUAAAAGAUAAUUGCUAUUUGUAAAUAUGUUUUUACAGGUUUAAAUACAUCAGAUAAUACAGUCUCUACUCUGUAAAGAAUUUACUGUUUGUUGGAAAAUAGAGAAGUAUUUUUAUUUUGAAGUUUUAUGAUUUCACGUUUAACCCAUCUGAGCUAUCCCAUUGCACUUCAGACAAUGUCUUACUACUAAUUUGUAUUGUAAACCUCUUUUUUGUUUAUUUUUCAUUUGUUUUUCUAGUUUGAGAUUUGACUCUGUUCUUAAGCAGUGCUUAUUUCUUUUUAUCCUGUACAGAAUUCUGAAAUGUUAACAAAAGAGAACUACGAGACUUUUUUUUUGUUUGUUUUUUC